AUGCCCCUGCAGGUGAGGGAUUACAGCUGGCAGCAGACGAAGACUGCGGUCUUUAUCUCUGUGCCCCUCCGGGGUGUCUGCAUUAGAGAAGCGGACGUGUUCUGCACGGAAAACUAUCUGAAGGUCAACUUUGCUCCAUUUUUAUUUGAGGUGUUUCUCUAUGCUCCCAUAGACGACGAGAACAGCAAAGCCAAGAUUGGAAAUGACACUAUUGUUUUCACCUUACAUAAAAAAGAAGCGGUCAUGUGGGAGACCCUUUCUGUGUCAGGUGUUGACAAAGAAAUGAUGCAAAAAAUAAGGGAGAAAUCUGUUUUACAAGCACAAGAAAAAGCAAAAGAAGCUAUAGAAGCAAAAGCUGCAACAAGGCGUGAAGAUCAAAAAUAUGCACUAAAUGUCAUGAUGAAGAUUGAAGAAGAAGAGAGGAAAAAAAUAGAAUGUAUGAAAGAAAAUGAACGGAUAAAAGCAACUAAAGAAUUGGAAGCAUGGAAAACAUGUCAAAGAAAAGCUGAAGAACAAAAAAGAAUUCAGAGAAAAGAGAAGUUACAUCAACAAGAAAGGCCAAUUGAAGAAGAAAAGAAAAAAUUAAAACAUAAAAGUCUUACCGGAAAUUCAACAUCUAGAAAUAUUGCCACGAAAGGGAGAAACUCAGAAAAUAUAUUUUCUGAGAAGUUAAAAGAAGACAGUAUUCCUGCUCCUCGCUCUGUUGGCAGUAUUAAAAUCAACUUUACCCCUCGAGCAUUCCCAACUGCUCUCCGGGAAUCACAAGUAGCAGAAGAAGAGGAGUGGCUGCACAAACAAGCAGAGGCAAGGAGAGCAAUGAAUACUGAUAUUCCUGAACUUAGGGACUUAAAAGAGGAAGAAAAGAACCCAGAAUGGUUGAAGGAUAAAGGAAACAAGUUGUUUGCAACAGAAAACUAUUUGGCAGCUAUUAAUGCAUACAACUUAGCCAUAAGACUGAAUAAUAAGAUUCCACUAUUAUAUCUGAAUCGGGCUGCUUGCCAUCUAAAACUAAAAAACUUACACAAGGCCAUUGAAGAUUCUUCUAAGGCACUAGAAUUAUUGACACCACCUGUUGCAGACAAUGCUAGUGCAAGAAUGAAGGCGCAUGUGCGACGUGGAACAGCAUUCUGUCAACUAGAAUUGUAUAUAGAAGGCCUACAGGAUUAUGAAGCUGCACUUAAGAUUGAUCCAUCCAACCAAGUUGUACAAAAUGAUGCUGAGAAGAUUCGGAAUAUAAUUCAAGGAACAGAACUAAAAUCUUAAUGACUGCUAGAAGCAGCUAGGUAUUAUAAUGAGUAUUGUUUUAAGUUUUUCAAAGAUAACUGGAGGUAUUGGGAAUCUUUGUAUAUAUUAUGGCUGAUUGUGCAGAAUCACUUUAUUUUAGUGCACUAGUUCUGUAGAGGGAAAAUAGUAUAAAUCUAUAGGAAAUGAUAUGUUUGAGUUGAAUGGCUUCUGAAUAAGUAAAUCAAAAUAAGAAUAAUCUUAUUUAGUUCUUUGCCUCUUUAUAUUAAUAUAUAAUUUAAUUACAUAUUUUUGUUACAAAAUUCAGCUUGCCUGAUAACUAACAAAAUACUUGUUGGUGGUGAUUACCAGGACACUUCCUGAUUCAUUUUUAACAGGGUAGAAUCUUAAAAUGAAAAGAUUAUAUUUAUAAAGUAUUUUUGUUUGUAUCAAAUAUGCUAUGUAAUUGUCUGAAUGCUUGACCCUGGUAUAAUCAAUACUGAUGUGUUCAUGUAGUUUCCAAGUGCACAGAACUGUUUUUUUUUUUUCUUUAAUGUCUCCACCAUUUGUUGUUUGAAGUUAAAUCAGUUCAAUCUAGUAAAACAACUGUUUGGAAAACCUAAUUUUCAAUUUCAAACACUACCUGAAGAUAAGUUUUCUAGUACCUUCAAGUACACCAGGGGAAAAAAGAGCAAAAGGUGAAAUGUUAACUUAGAAUGUUAUGUUAUUGACAUUGGAUUGCACCAUUUGUGUUGUAUCAGUGUGAUGGUGCAAGCUUUAAGUAAAGACAGUACAGCUUCCCUUUUACUUAUGGUAGUUGUCACAAUUCUCUGAUCAUGUUGUUACCGCAAAGGGGACCUGGCCCUGAGUGGUUCUGCCAAGGCUGCUGGUAGUGUGUGGGUUCUUGACUUCAUGCAGGAAAGAUUUCCCAACGAGAGUUCAAGUGCUUUUAGAGGAUGUUUAUCAAAGCUGGGGACAGAGAAACAAGGAAGGGCCUAGGAUAGAAGAAGCAACAGGUGAGGGACUAGGUGGGGAAAUAAGCCUAGGUUGGGUUGCUUUGGCUCACUGAAAAGUCAGAGAAAAGGGGACCUUGGGGACAGGAUCAGGGGGUUUACCUGGAAUGAGGAGUGGCUGCCCACUGCUCCCUGGUUGCAAGCCUCAUGGGGGUCCUUUAGAGUUUAGGAGAUGCAGGCCUGUCAGGGAAAGAAGAGGGGCAAGGGGCAAAGGAAAGGCACAGUGUGCUCCUUGGAGGGAGAGUGUGCCUCUGGGACCUUCCUUUGGAGGGUUUUAAAGGCUGAGUGUUUAUGGGAGGUCUUGGGGAGGAUCUCAGUAGAAUAUUCAUCAGCUUUAUGCUGAUGUACCAAAUGAGAUUUAUUCCCUUAACUUCAUCUGGCCUUGGGUGUGGUUGGCAAAUAGCACUAAUUGGGUUUCUGCUAUCUACCACCCAUAGUAGGGUGAUUUAACCUAUUUACCCUCUGGUUGGGGAGAAGCAUAAACCAUUUACUCUUAAGGGUCCUUGGUUACAGAAGAUAGGAUUUAGGGAUUUACUAGAUGGCCUUUAAAUUACUUGGCCUUUAUCUGUCUCAGUUUCCCUCUUCCACUUGUCCUGGCUUACUAGCCUGUUGUACAAUAUUUAGAUGAUUUUUAGGAAAAAAAAACUUGGAAAAGUUUUUAUAGUAUUUGGUCAUCUGAUGUCAUUCAAGUGGAUUAUAAAACAGCCUUGUUUUUUUUUAAGGCAAUGUUUUUAUGAAUGUAUAAGAGAUCCUAGAUCAGCAAUCUUGAAGUUUUAAUUCUUUGAAGCAACUUUCUGUCCAGUUAGUCCUGAUAAUCAAUCCUUAUUCUCUGUCCAGUUUUUCCUUAUAAUCAAUCCUGGUUUGUUUGUUUGCUUGUUUUUAUUGUUAAAAAUAAAUGAAGCAAAAUAAAGGUAGGUCUUCCUGUGUGUCAAACACCAUUUUGACAUUCAAAAUAUGUUGACCAACAUAGUUUUUCCUCUGGCUCUUCCUAUUACCAUCCCAAUCAGAAAACAAAAGGUUCCUAUUAGCUGGAGGAAGUAGAAGGGAAAGUCUUCAAUAGUUAUUUAU